AUGUCGUCCCGCUCAGCAUGGCGAGCUUUGCACUACAGCGCAAAGCGUCGCGCUUUCCAACCCCCCACCCCCUACCGCUGUUUCUCCUGCACCACCCGCGCCCAGAGCAAGCCAGAAGAUGAACGCAUGACACACUUCGGGUUCACGAAUGUGCCCGAAUCAGAGAAGGAGACACGAGUCGGCGCAGUCUUUAGCUCCGUUGCCGCCUCCUACGACCGCAUGAACGACCUAAUGUCCCUAGGCAUCCACCGCCUCUGGAAAGACCACUUCGUGCGCUCCUUAAACCCAGGCUCGUGCCUACCAGCCCUGACAGCUGACCAACGUGGCUGGAACAUCCUCGACAUAGCCGGCGGCACCGGAGACAUCGCCUUCCGAAUGCUAGACCACGCAACAAACAUCAACCACGACAUGGAGACGCGCGUAACAAUCAGCGACAUCAACGCCGACAUGCUAGCAGAAGGCCGCAAACGCUCCCUCGACACGCCAUACUACAACACGAACCGGCUUUCUUUCGUCGAGGCGAACGCCGAGCACAUGCCGCAUAUCCCGGACGCUUCCGUUGAUCUGUACACUGUUGUGUUUGGAAUCCGCAAUUUCACGGAUAAGCAGGCGGCGCUGAAUGAGGCGUUCCGGGUUCUUAAGCCUGGUGGUGUUUUUGCGUGCAUGGAGUUCUCCAAGGUUGAUAACCCUGUCCUGGAUGGGAUUUAUAAGCGCUGGAAUUUUAGUGCGAUUCCGCUUAUUGGGCAGGUUGUUGCUGGGGAUCGGGAUUCUUAUCAGUAUCUUGUUGAGAGUAUUGAGCGAUUCCCUAGUCAGGAGGAGUUUAGGGGUAUGAUUCAGAAGGCUGGGUUUAUGAUUCCUGGUCAGGGCUUUGAGAAUUUGACUGGUGGUAUUGCUGCUAUUCAUAAGGGUAUUAAGCCGAUUGUUAAGGCUUGA